GUUCAAGUGAAUAGGAUGCUGGCGUCGUUCGAAAGAAAUGCUGACGUGGCGUCGCUGACUCAGAAGCAGACGACAUGCUCGUGCUACCGCGUGCGCAAUGAUUAUUGCUGCCACCAAUACAUCUGCAAGUGCUCGCCCAUGUGCUGGAACGGCUACCAG